AUGGCAUCAGCAGAUCCACCACCCUCAUACGAGGAGGCGAUCGGCGACCGCCCCCUCCCCCAGCAAGCCCGGAACGGCAUCCCCUUACGCGCCCGGCGCAGCAUGGAGGACGAAUUACGUCCUCUGCCUCCAGGCUGGGUGCGCGAGUUCGACCCAGAAACCCAGCACCAGUUCUUCGUCGACACCAAAACCUCUCCGCCAAGGUCCAUCUGGCACCACCCCUACGACGACGAAACCUUCCUCAACUCCCUCCCGCCGACCGAGCGCGAGCAGAUCCGUGCAUCUCAGUCAGGCCUCUUCCAGCGACGUCCCAGCGCGGCCGAUCUCGUCGCCGAACAGACCGACGAGGACGGCUCGGAUUCGGACACCCACACUCACACCCAUGCCCAUACCCACCGCACCAUCAAGCUAGGCCGCAAACUCAAAGACCACCUGACAGGAACCACCCACGAAGAACGCGUCGCCGAGCGCACCCGCCGUGCUCACGCCGAGCGCGAACUGUACCGCCAGCACUGCGUCGUGCGCCGGGCGAUGAUCGACGGCAUGCGCACGGGCCGCCCGCAGCUGCUCGGCCGCGACGAGAACCGCGUGCACAUGUACCUUGAACCGCCGGGCCACACGUUCCCUGGUGUGGCGGGGGUUUCUAGAAUCAGUCCUUAUCUGCUUGAGAUCAGGUAUAAUGAUGCGGAUGGUAGGAGGCCUGGGCCGCCGGGCAGGUAUUUCAGGCCUGAGGGGGAUAUGUAUGGCCUUGGGUAUGGGGCGUAUGGGUGUGGGAGGUUUGCUGGGGGGAGGUGGGAUCGGCCACAGGGAGAGUAUAGGAGGCUGGAUGGAAGGGGGUUUGGGGGUGGGCUGGGGAUGCCGUUGAUGGCGCCGCUUUUGGGGGGGAUGAUGUUGGGCGGGUUGGCGGGGACGGCCUUUUAA